AAUACUGCAUGGAUAGUAGUUUUCUUCUAUAUCAUGCAAGUGUUCAAAAAUCUAUUGCCUUGAUUGAUAAGGCUGAACGCAUUGCUCUUAUCUUUUAUUCAUUGGGGAAACCCACCAAACUUGGGAGAGGGGAAUGAAAUCAUCCAUCUCAAUUUAUUUCACUUACAGGAAGUUUGCAAAAAUAUGAGACUCCUUCAGCAGACUACUACUUGUGACUUUUCUCUCUUUUUAAUAUAUGCAAUGGCUGGAGAUAUAGUCUAUGCUGAUAUCAAACAUUCAUCUUCAGAACAUUCAUCUUCACGUCAGAGAUCUGAUUCUCACCACCAUGGAAUUUUCCUGAAAGUUGGAUGUGCAAUGAUUAUCAUCCUUCUUGUAAUAGUAAUUGUGCUGAGCAUUUUUGUUAUCCAGUUCAAAUCUGCAAGACAUACUAAAGUAAAUAGUGAAUCAAAAGAGAAAUACUGUACUGGGCAAAAUAAAUCUGAAACAAGGACCUCAAUAGUUUCUUUCAACUCUUCUACUGCUAGGAAAUCAUGCCCCUCUGAAGACUGGAAGCUACAUGGGGGGAAAUGUUACUGGGUUGCUGAAAGUGAGAAAUCUUGGAAUGAAAGUAAAAAUGACUGUGUCAUGAAAAAUUCACAUCUUAUGGUGAUCCGAGACAUCAUUGAUAUGACUUUCCUAUGGCAGAACCUACAUGCUUCAGCCUCUUAUUGGGUUGGUUUGAGGAUCCCUCCUGGAGAGGAAUUAUGGACCUGGGUGGACAAUAGCAGUUUUGACCCUCAGCUGUUUUCAAAGAAAGAAAAUAAGCCACGGACCAGGAGUAUGAAAUGUGUCCUGGUGUCUUAUACUGCGAUAGCUGAAGAAAGUUGUGAGAAACUUCAUCAGUGGAUUUGUCAACUGUAAUCCACUCGGCAGAAAAUUGGUCUCUAUUUGUCUGACUGAGAGACACCACAUGAAGCUUGAGAUCAGAUCAUAAGAAAGUUCAGAGGGUUGCCUGUGUCCUAGAGGGGUGUGUGUGUGUGUGUGUGUGUGUGUGUGUGUCCAUUUAUGAUUCAUGUGGGUAUAGUACUAUUUCUCAGAAGUGUGGAAAGGGCAAUAGAGAAAAUAAAAUGUUUUAGAAAAUGAGUAGAUAUGAUGAAUAGAUUUUUGCAUGAGAAUGAUCAAUGUAGUUAUUCAAUCAUCCGUCUCGUUUUGCCAGUAUUUUUGGAACUUCAGUCUUUAUCCUUUCUGCAUCUUCCCUCUAUGAUAUCCUUAGCUAAUCACCUACGUUCUCAUGAUUUCAACUACCACAUACAAUGCAAUGCCUAUCAAAGUUAUAUCUCUAGCCCAGAUCAUUCCCUGAUCACUAGACCUGUAUACUGUCCUGCCUGUUUAACACAGCAAAUCUACAAUCCCAAAGGUACUCUGAACUCAACAUAUAAAAAUAAUUCAUAAAAUUUCAUCAUAAAAGGAACCAUCUUCCAGCACUCCAUAUCUCAAUAAAGGGUAUGCCAUACAAGACAAUUAUGCCAUCUAUAAACCAGCUGUGGUCUUGUUAUUACCCUCUCUCACACAUACACCUCUAGGCUGCUAUCCCCUUUCCAUCUCAUAUCACCAAGUUUUAUUUAUUUUUUUAUAAAAUCUCUCUCAAACUUGUCCUCCUCUCUCCAUCACCCCUUUCAUGAUCUUAAUACAAAGGUACUAAAAUAUUAAAUAACUGCAAUAACAACAUCUUCCUGUUUUACUUUUCUUCCAUUUCAAUCAUUCCCUGCCUUGAAUUCUGUGAUAUUUUAAAAAAUAUAUACUGACAAUGCAAUCUUCCCUUUAAAAAAUACCUCAAUAUCUUCCUUAUAAUAAUACCAAAUUCCAUAACAUGGCCUAGAAAUCCCUAUCAGGUUUAACCUUUCCUUACUUAUUCUGUCUCUUCCUACACCAAACACCCAAACUCUCAGGACCACAACUCCAUUAAACUAAUUUUCGGAACUCAUGCUGUAUUUCACCACAUUGCCUUCACAGAAGUUGUUCUCUAGACCUGAAAUUCUCCUUCUUCUCUUCUCCAUCAGGUUACCUCCCAAAUAUUCUCUAUAUCUCUGCUCAGUUUUUAAGAGCUUUUCCUUGAGCUCCAUGACAAGGUCAAAUAUUCUGACAUUAUAUUCCCCUCCCCAGCACUUACCACAUUUUAGGUUUUACCUACACCAGUCUUUUGAGUGAAUAUUUGAUUAAUGUCCUCUGCCCUCACUUGACUGUAAAUCACAUAAAGACCCAAUAUCUGUUUUUAUAUUUCUAGUGCCUUUUAAAUUACCUACUACAUAAUAACUACUCAAAAAAUAUUUAUUAUAUUAAGUUUUCUCUAAGAGAUCACAGAAGUAAAAUGCUGAUACGUGGCUAGGGAGAUGGGGUGCAAAAGAAAAAGACUCAGAUGAUGGAGGUCUAAUUGUUAGGUCAUUAAAAGUCAACUGAAAACCCAAGUAUUUUUUCUGCUCUGUGACUCAUAUAGAAAGAGAAUCCUAUAAAUACCGAAGGAGUUUAUAAGAAGGGUUAAGUGUUUCAGAGACAAACAUUUUUGUGAUGUUUAUGCUCACCUCUUUACCUUGAUUAUAUCCUUACAAGUUUUCUUGCAUAUUAUCUCAUAACACAAACCACCUUAUACAUGCUGAGUUGGACAUUGUGUAUAAACUAGUGAGCAAAGCAUUUACAUUGUGGCAUGUUGGUACUACAGCCCAACAACAAAAAAAACAUGUUUUAUUUUAUGGACACAGUGGUGUUCAUAAAACAAUUAUGAAGGUCAACAAAGAACACAUGAAAGAUUAGCAGAACCCAGUGUCCAAGAAGACUCAAGGCAGAGGUUAUAAGACCAUUGGUGGGGCACAAGGAAAUUGAUUUGUCAGUAUGUGCUGACCAAUGUCAGAGUGGUGUCUGGUGGCAGGGGAAGCCCAAUGAUUGAGUAAAAGGAGCUCUUUGGGAGCAAGACCCAGAGUGAAGUUAUGACAAAAUGAGAAGAGGGGAGAUAGUGAGGGAGAAUAGAUCAGAGCUGAGAUAGGAACCAGUAAGGACAGAAGGGCCCUAUAGAGCACUCAGGAAAAGAGGGGACAAAAAGACCAGAACUAGAGAGUGCUCAGCAGGGGUGGUUAGUGACUUCGAAGUGUUUGCUGAGAGGGUGGACACCAGAGCUAGAGAAAGCUAAAGACACAGAGUUGUGGAGGCCAAAGAAGUUCCCCCCACAAGUUCCUUACACAGCAGCCCAGCUUCCACCAUUGCUACAGCAGAGGUCUUACUGCAAGAGCUGCCAGCAGGCGCCCUUAAGGUAGAGCUUGUUCCGGUGGCUGCAAGAGACAGAAGAUACAAGCUCCAGCCAGAAGCAGAACAGGAACUGGAGGACCCAGCCAUCCUAGCAGGAUUCAUAUUUCCCGAUAUCCCUGACUUCACCACAUCCUUUUACUCUCGCCCUAGGGCUUUCUUCAUGUUGCCUUCCCUGUGGUUUCUCCUACUCAAUGUCAACCCAAGCUGUGCUAGGGCCCUGGAACUCCACAUAUCAUGUGAGGAAAAAGGAUACAGGAAAGAAUGAAAGUAAAUCCAUCACUUUUUUAGAAAAGAAAGCCAGUCUUGGGUCAAGCUCUCCAAGCUUGGAAAUCAAGAGAAUCUAUCACAAGUGUUCAAAUCACUUAUGUUAUCAUCUUAUGUGAGGCUGAGUAGAACUAGUCCUUGGGGAAAACCCUUAAGAGAUUAGACUUUGGUAUCUCCAACCUUUAGCAUACAAGAUCAAAUGGUCAAUGCCAAAAGGGUGAGAUGUGUGUGUGUGUGUGUAUGUAUGUGUUGUAUUAUCAUACACAAAGUGAUUUUAUAUACAUUAUCCUAUGUGAAACUCACAAUAAUUCUGUGUGGUAUGGAGUCUAGUUUUUACUUUUGUUUUUCUCAAUUAGGAAUCAAUGACAUAAGAAAAUUAAACCACUUGUCCAAAAUCCAAGUCAACUUCUCCCUCUGAUUACACCUGAUAUGGGAGGGUGA